AUGUCUGCUCUUCGCGUGCUAUCCUUGUUCCCCGUUUUCCUUACUGCCGCCGUGUCCGUGCCAUUCCUACCGUACCAUACUGGUCGGAUCCCUCUCGUAGGUUCCGAGAAAGGGUCUUCUUCCAACAGGGUCUCAAUUGAUGGAAGUGUUGCUGAGAACAGUCACAAUGGUCAUACGGUUACUCACAGGGUCCGCAUUGGUGAACGCUGCGGUCCUGAUGCAGGCUAUUGUGACGAGGGCCUCUGCUGCUCGCCUGCUGGCUACUGUGGUACUACCACUGCUCACUGCUUCGCUCCGGAUUGCCAGUUGGACUACGGAUUCUGCGAUGCCCACAAAACACCCGAAGGUCUUCCGACGGCCGAUAUUCCUCGCCCUUGGAUUGGGUCUGUUCCAUACGGCCAAGGAAUCUAUUCCUGCGAGGCUCCAUAUACCUUUGCAAUGACUUUUGAUGAUGGUCCCAACAUUUAUACUAGCGACCUCCUUGAUGUUCUCGAUAACUUCACUGCCAAGGCCACGUUCUUCAUCACUGGUAUCAACUCUGGAAAGGGCCAGAUUGACGACUUCACCACUCCCUGGGGCUCUCUGAUCCAGCGCAUUCACAAAAGUGGCCAUCAAAUUGCCAGUCAUACUUGGUCACAUCAAGACUUGAACAAAAUCACACCUAGUCAACGUCGAGAUCAAUUACUCAAGAAUGAAGCCGCACUUCGCAACAUUAUCGGUGGUAUUCCUACAUACAUGCGGCCUCCUUACUCAGAUUGCAACGUCGAAUGUAUGGAAGACAUGGCCGAUCUGGGCUACCAUAUCACAUAUUUCAACAUUGACACAAAUGAUUACAACAACGACGACCCAGAGACGAUUCAGAAGUCAAAGGAUAUCGUCGACAAAGCCUUGGCGAAAGGAGAAGAGACACCAGGUCAUCCGUUCAUGGCUAUUGGGCAUGAUAUUCACGCCCAAACGGUGUAUAACCUGACUGCCCACAUUUUGCGCCGAGUCAAUGAUGCCGGCUAUCGAGCCGUUACCGUCGGCGAAUGCUUGAAUGACUCGCGUGAAAACUGGUAUCGCUGGGAUUAUCGAACCGAAUGA